AUGGUAUAAUAAUCUGAAUGAGGACAGAUGCCGAGUCCUUUUCACUGGUCCAGACAUCCCUCUUCAUGGGGCCGUUUGUAGCAGCCUUUGCUUCAUCAAACCUAGGAGAUGUGUCCCCCAAUAUUCUCGGCCCACGUUGUGCCAACACAGGAGAGUCCUGUGAUAACGCCAACAGCACUUGUCCCAUUGGCGGGGCUACCAUGUGCAUGGCUAGGGGACCUGGACAGGAUAUGCUCGACAGCACACAAAUUAUAGGACGGGCCCUCUACCAGAAAGCUACGGCGCUGUAUGCCCUGGCUUCCCAGGAGUUAACUGGACCGCUGACUUCGGCUCAUCAGUGGGUGAAUAUGACAGACGUCACUGUCUCACUCAAUUCCACACACACGGCAAAGACAUGUAAGCCAGCGCUGGGCUACAGUUUCGCAGCUGGCACAAUCGAUGGAGCUGGGACCUUCAACUUCACGCAGGGGACAACGGUAUCAGAUCCAUUUUGGGACACUCUUCGGGAUCAGCUCUUCGGCAGGCCCUCUGAUGAAAUGAAAGAGUGUCAGAAACCAAAGCCCGUCCUUAUUCACACUGGCGAGCUGUCCAAACCUCAUCCCUGGCACCCGGACAUUGUUGACGUUCAGAUCAUUACUCUUGGGACCUUGGCCAUAACUGCGAUCCCUGGGGAGCUUACGACCAUGUCUGGACGAAGACUUCGGGAGGCAAUUAAAGCAGAGUUUGCAACUUAUGGGAUGCAGAAUAUGACUGUUGUUAUUUCGGGUCUGUGCAAUGUAUAUACACAUUACAUUGCCACCUAUGAAGAAUACCAGGUUCAGCGGUAUGAGGCAGCAUCUACAAUUUAUGGACCACACACCCUGUCUGCUUACAUCCAGCUCUACAGAGGCCUUGCUAAGGCCAUUGCUACGGACACAGUGGCCAAUCUGAGCAGAGGUCCAGAGCCUCCAUUUUUCAAAGAUCUGAUAAAGCCAUUAAUUCCUAAUAUCGUGGAUAGAGCACCAAUAGGCAAGAAUUUUGGGGAUGUCCUGCAGCCCUUGAAUUCUAAAUACAGAGUGGGAGAAGUUGCUGAAGUUACAUUUGUAGGUGCUAACCCAAAGAAUUCAGCAGAAAAUCGGACCCAUCAGACUUUCCUCACUGUGGAGAAAUAUGAGGACGCUUCAGCGACAUGGCAGGUGGUACAUAAUGAUGCCUCCUGGGAGACUCGUUUCUAUUGGCACAAGGGAUUAUUGGGUCAUAGCAAUGCAACGAUACAAUGGCAUAUUCCAGAUACUGCCAAGCCUGGGAUCUACAGAAUAAGAUACUUUGGACACAAUCGGAAGCAGGACUUUCUCAAGCCCGCUGUCAUACUUUCAUUUGAAAGUACUUCCUCCGAUUUUGAAGUUGUAACUACUUAGUGAAAAGUUGACACAGCAUUUAAAGUUUUGCUCUGUAUAAAUUAUGUCACUGAUUUUAUAUGAAUGUAAACUAUUCUGAUGACUUCUA